ACGAUAUCGAUAGGGUUCUUUAACGCUCGUCCCCUCCCCGCUGCAAUAUCCUUGCUAUUUCAUCUUCUUCGGAGGUAAACAUAAAUUUCCUCAGAACUGAUCAAAAUGGCGGGUCGUGGUGCGAAUCCGAGCUUCGCGAUCCAGAAGCAGAUUCGGGAUAACUGCAAGGGGGUGCAGAAUUUAAUGGAUGACAUCUAUCAUUGGUCCGAGGAUAUGGCAAAAGAGGAAAAAGCAAGAGAUCACUUGCGAAAGAACCCAACAGGAGGAAAGUCCGCAGGAAACAGAGACUUAUGUUGUCAAUGCUGAGAUUUUGAAGAGGUAUCAUCUUUUUAUCAGUUUCUGUCAGGUUUCAGUAUCAUUCGGAGAGAGAAUGUUUUAAGAGCUGUCGGUUUUUCCACUGGAUCGAGAACACUAUUAUGGUGUGCUCUUAUUAUACCACAUGGACCAGUACAGCGACAUAACUGGACACUUGCUUGGCGUCAUGUUUAUUCUAAAGAAAGCGAAGGUAGCAGCGCCGCCCAUCCGUGGACGAACCGUUCUGCCUCCGGUCGAAGCCAACAAGUCUGGCGCAAGUGCGAAGCGAUCAAAGGACACUGAGAAAAAUUCUAGUGAAUCGUAGAAAAAUAAAUGCACCACUUGCACUGCCACUUUCAUCAACACGUUUCUAUAUUUUUUUUUUACUCAGACUGACUGACGAAGGAAGACAUGGAGUCAGCAAAUGAUAUCUUUGUCAAGAAACUUCUUUUUUUGGUAGAUACAAUCAAAAAUUUUGAAUCUAAAAUUUCGAAAUUGAGUUUCGACAAUGGAGGAUGAAUUCUGAUUAGAAGAGCUUUUCCAGAAAAUAAAUUUCUUUUUUUGAGCAUAAAAGCAAAAAUUUUGGUUUUUGGGUUUGAAAUCCAAAUUUGAGUCAGAUUUAGAAAUCAAAUCUGAAGGGAAAAUUUAGAAUUUGUUUUUCUCUUGAGAAAAUAGCAUCUUGACAUAAACUCAGAGACACCACCUACCUAUUUUCCUUACUGCUGUGACAAUUUCUCUGAAGUAAUUAUUUGAUGCGAGGUAUAUAAUCCCUGUAGGUCUGGAUCGAUAUUGCCCACAUUGACCUUAGCUCGAUCUCAGAACACAUCCUCCAGGUCGGCUUCUACGAGCAGCUCAUCAGCGAGUACGUUGGAGCUUGCCAGAGACACAACAAGUCUGCCCAAGUAUUACAAGAAUUGGGGCAAGUACAACGUGGAAGAGGAGUUGGAGAAGCUCGAGGAGCCAAAGACCAAGAAAGAGGACGACUUCGAUGUAGAAAAGUUUGUGAAGCAGAGGCGGACUACCGCAGCGCGACCGAAUGUCAAGGUGGCAGUGAGGAGUGCGGCUCACGCUACAACGGCGGUCGAGUUCGCGACCGCUAAAAAAGAGGAGGCAAAUAGGCUUUUCGGCAAAGCACGUUUCAAAGAAGCGGAAGUCGCAUACGGAGUUGCACUGUUAUGGCAUACAACGACGUGUCGAGUUUGACAUCCUCCAUAUGCUGCGGUAGUCCUACGGUUCUUCAAAAUGCCUUCGUGGGAGGGAAAUUUGAAAACGUAGUUCCUCGUAUCCCUAGAGUUUUUACGGCUACGCUAGUUCUACCUACUACUGCAUGCAUUUGUAUAAGAACUACUAAGCGUCUAGUAUUUCUUCAGGCUGUUGCUGUGAUCGAAAAAUAUUGAGAUCAUCUCUUUCAUUUUUGACCUAUCUCCGAGGGGAAGAUGUUGCAGAGCGGGAGCUUCAGACCGUAUUGCACUCGAAUAUAGCAGCUUGCAUGUUGAAGCAGAACGACUAUACAGGUAAUUACCUUUGUAGAAUCAACGGUUUCUAGUAUCCUUCAACAUUAAGGUGGAUAACGUAAACGAAGACUCCUGGCUGAUGUGCCCAUCAUAAGAUUCGGACCGAUGAAGAUGAUUUAUUUUUACUUCAAGGUGAUGCUUUUUCUCCAUCUCAAUCAAAACUUUAGGAUGCAAACAAUCAAACACAUAAGAAUGACCUCAUUGCCGGAAACGCGCAGAUGCUGAGUCGAUGCAGUUCUUUCUGCAUAAGAUACAAGAAUGUCUUUUCAUUUUUUAUAGAAGAAUCGUUUCUUGAACUCUAAGGCCUACGAGAUUACAUUUGUCCUUCUCCUCGCUGGAAUCUCUCUAAGACAUUUUCGCAGGUACCAUCGAUCAGUCAAGCCGUGCGUUGCAGGUAACAGAAGACCAUGUCAAGUCACUUUUUCGACGCGGGUCAGCUUAUACACAACAAUGUCAGUGGAAAAAGGCUGCUGCAGAUUAUCGUCGCGCACUGCAACUUGAUCCCAACGAUGCGAAGUGUACAACUUAAUACCGAAAAAAAAGAGCGAGGAUCCAAAUUUUUGUUAUCUCGCGCUUACAGUUACAGCUAUCACUAUGAAUAUCAUGUUGACAUUGUAGGACCAACAAUCUGCAUGAUGUUAUCAUCCAUAACCUUAACCUAUGCAUCAAUGCAAUAAAUUGUUUGCUAUUUUUUUCUACUUCUCUUUUGCAACAACUACAACUAAUGGUCUUCGUUCAGGCCGUACCGAACUAGCGUAUGUGGAGCGGAUGCUUGAGGAGGCGCUUGCAAAGGCUCGCGCGCACGCAAAGUCGGUGAUGCAAGAUACGAAUCGUAAGCCUGUUCUGCAGCAGCUGCGCAUGCAGAUCGCAGACAAAUCCGAAGCGAAGCUGACAUGGGAUGAAAGUGUACCAUUGCUUUGAAUUGUUACGGGAUUAAGCAAGAUGAGAAUCGGUGAUGAUAGUGUGAAGAUGUGGCUGCUUGAACAAACAUUAUGUGUAGGGUAGAUUUUAAUGCCUUUCGUGGAAAAGUAGUAGAAAUGUGUGUGUGCCAUAUGUUUUUCACAGGAUAACCCGCAGAAGGCGACAGUGGCUGUCAAGAGGAGAGCGGAUAAUGCUCGCAGUGACGAGGAGAGGAAUGCUAGUGGUGCAACGAGCUUGUUCAUAUCUUCUGCUGGCGAGCAAGAACGCCGGAUCGACGACAAUGGGAAGUACAUUCCAAAGAGUGUACGCAUGGCAGCGAGUGGGGCGACGAGCGGUUCGAAAAAAAGACGCGCACAGACUCAAGCCAAGGGUGACACGCAUGACGCAGCGACAGUGCUUUCUUCGGCAUCCAAUUACGUGUUGUCAAAACUACUUUAUUUGUAAUUGCAAAAGAUUUCAUCAUACUAUCCUCAUGCUCAUAUCACGCAUCCUUUUCUUUAUGAAGAUCCCUUGUAUAUGUAUGUACUCUAAUGACUCUCUAGUACACAGUCGACACAAGCUGACCCGCAAGAUGACGACAGCGAAGUAGCAACUUCAUCAGCUUCUGCGCCGGCAAAGCGAGCAGCGGCCCGGGAUGCAAUGCGCGGAAAUUUCUACAGCUUUGAGCGUGAUUGGAAUUUCGCAGCCAAAGGCAGCAUGCAGGGGAACAGCAUGAGCGGGCAGUGCGUUGCCAAACGUUUCCAGUUGCUCGAGCGAACUGAACUAUUUUCUGAUAGUUUCACAACCGAGCUGCUGCUAGAAGUCGUCGCAGUCUUCGAGCAGAUAGCGCGAGACUUCUCGCCAACUUACUCGGAAACAGCGACAAGUGAAUCAUCAACUUCUACUUCGAAGCGAGACACCACACCAGUUCUUUUCGUAAGUUGGGAGGACUACGUGAAACGAAAAACUGCUAUCGUGAAAAAACUGGAAAGCAUCAACCGGUGGGAACUCAUCUUGCAGAGUCUCUCAACAAGCGAGAAGCAACAGCUUGAGCGCGCAUGCUGGUCGCAAAAGCGACCAGUAGCACCACCAGAAGCACCACGCGUGUCUUGCCGCAAAAUCAUUUCAACAGAAUCUACAUCCACUUCCACGUCUAGCAACACGAACACCACGAACACAGGAACAACUACAACGACGAGCCCCUCACCCUCACCGGCGUCACCGGAGUCUCCGUGGACUCAGGUAAACAUGCGAGCAGACAGUAAAGAUAGCGCCGACUGGGUCGACGUGCGAAAAGAGCCUCUUGAUCUCGGAGACCUGGAUGAUCUAGACUGACCACGACGAAAAGGUAGUUGCUUUUUUUCCGUUCCGUUCUUUGAGCUCGUUAUAAAUCCCGGGACUAUUUUGAGUCACAAUCUACAGUGAAGAUCAAGAUGUCCUUGCGGGCAAAGUCCUAGUAGCUCCAGUAUGGUACAACUAGGACUCGCAUUUUCAUCGCAGCGAGGACCUAUAAACUUUGCGCAUAUUCUCGCCAACACAACGCGUCUUCGCGCAAUACACCAGCCCAAUUUAUGAGGACGGACGUCAUACUACUAGCAGCACCUUACAUGAUUUUAU